CAUAUUUGACGGCAUUGAUAUUUGAAUAGUGUUGAAUUCCUGGGAAUAAGUAAAAUUUACCAUGAUUGUUUACAUGUUAAGUUCUCUCUGUAUUUUAUAGGAUUAGUUUCCGUCACUUAAGUGUUAUUGUUCCCUUUCAGUACUGAUGUUGAAGCUAUUCUGUCAUUUUUUAGUCAGUCCGUACCUCUGUAGAAAAAACACCAUCUUCUCGUUCAACACCAGGUGCAAGAACAUACGCAACUGUCAACUCUCUGGAACAGCAGCCUUCAUCAGUUCGUACCUUAGUUGAACAACCAACAUCUGCUCAUUCAACAUCAGGUGCAAGAACAUCUGCAACUAUCAACUCUAUGGAACAGCAGCCUUUAUCAGUUUGUACCUCAGUUGAACAGCCAUCAUCUGCUCGUUCAAUAUCAGGUGCAAGAACAUUUGCAACUAUCAACUCUGUGGAACAGCAACCGUCAUCAGCUCGUUCACUCUCACUUCUUCAAUCAUCUCAAAACAAGUCUGCAGAACAACUUUCAUCUGCCUACUCUUCUGUGGCUGGUCAUUCAUCUGAACCCACAGACUCAGUUGAAGAAGCACAGCCACCAUCUGCUCGCUCUUAUAUCGGAAGAUCAUCUUCUAGUGUCAACCUUGCGGAACAACCUCCAUCUGCUCGUUCUGUGGCCAGCAUCCGUCCAAAUUCAGGGGGCAAGACUAUUUUCAUGGUACCUCCAAGUGUACCUCUUUCAGUCAAGCCAGCAGUAUCUGGAAUUCCAACAGAGACUCAACCUGAUAAAAUUAGAGACAAAAGGUUAUCUUUAGAUUUUGGGACUUUUAAAUAUAGAGAAACUGGUGACCAGCAGCUAUCUUCUUCUGCUCUACAAGAUGAGCUUGAUAUGCUUCAAGAAGAAAAUGAAAGUUUACUGGAAAAGCUUCGAAUUGCAGAAGAAAGGUGUGAGGAGGCAGAAGCACGGACUAGGCAACUCGAGAAACAAAUCGCAAGUCUAGGAGACGGUGUAUCUUUAGAAGCUCGUCUUUUGAGCAGGAAAGAAGCAGACCUUCAGAAAAGGGAGGCUGCUCUUAAAGUUGCAACAGAAACCUAUGGUGGAGCAGGCGAGGAGCUUGCAGCCCUUCGAAUGGAAGCCGAGACUGCCAGGGAUGAAGCUACAUCAGCUUUGGAGCUGCUUCAUGAUGUUGAGUGUGAAGUUAAAUCACUACGCACAGUCACUAAAAGAGUAAUCUUGACUAAAGAAGAGAUGGAAGAGGUUGUUCUCAAGAGGUGUUGGCUUGCUCGAUACUGGAAUUUGUGUGUUCACUAUGGUGUUCAUGCAGAGAUAGCUGGUGCAAAAUACGAAUACUGGUCAUCCUUUUGUCCCCUUCCGACUGAAGUGAUAUUGGCUGCUGGACAGAAAGCGAAAAACGAAAACUCAAUUGGUAAGAUGCUGUCUGCUCUGUUUUGUCUGGAUAACCAAGCACAAGAUAACAAAAGAUACUUGCUGAGAUUUGCAUGGAAAAUAGACCAGACACAAGACAACAAAAGGGGCGACCUUGAUGAGAACAUAACCAUCAACCAGGCACAAGAAAGAUACUUGCUGAGAUUUGCAUGGAAAGUCAACCAAUUGGAAAUCAAGACAGAAUAA